GCCCGCAGGCUGGGCCACAGCGGGUGCUGGCAGCUGGUCGUUCUGUAAACCGCUCCGGCAGGAGGCUGUGUCGCUCACUGCGCCUGACGUUUUCAUUUGCAUCAGUCUUUUCUAUCGGGCUUUCAGAACUAACCCGAGCAGACGGUAGUUCCGCUUACCACAAAAUACGUAGGCUACAGUACUUGUGAUUUAGGGGAAACUGGAAAAGGUGCAAGUACCGGUGUGUGUGAAGUUUGUGUAGCCUAGUUGGCCGACUUUUGGAGGGGCACGAAGAGGUUAUGCUGUCUCUGCGUUGUUUUAACAGACUCUUGAGGAGCGCCGGAGGCCGAUCUGAAAAGCACCGAGAGAGCUUUUCACGAAGACAGACUGGGCGUGAAAGGAUCACUCACUUUACUGUUGUUGUCUGGAAUUCCACUGGUGCGCUAAAUGCAGUAUUGCCACAACUGUGAAGACCGUCGUCAGUGAUGUGAACUAUCAGUGCUUCAUCUCUCAUCAAAGCCAUUUCCUCUCACCCUCGGCAAGCACUGUAUUGUGCUUUCACAAAAAUGAAAUAAGAUCAUCUUACCGGAGCACAGAAUCAGUAUUGUGAAGAUAAACACCAGUUCAGGGCUGAUAGUAAGGAUGUGAUAAGUCCCAACUAUCUCAAUCCACCCCCCCCCCUCCACCUGCCCACUAAAGCCAUUCACACUGACACACACACACACCGCGUCCCGUCCACCAUGACCCAGUCUCCGGACCGAGACGGGCCGCUGCUGCAGCUCCAGAAAGUGGACUCCAGCCAGGCUGGCGCCCGCGAGCUCUCCCCCAUUUUCAGUGGCCCGCCCCCAGCUGCCUUGCCCUCACUGGACAGCCAGCCCAUCUGUAUCCCGUCGCCCUACACGGAGCUGGGCCACGACUUUGGCGCGCUGCCCUUCUACGGCUCUGGCCUCGUGGGCUACGGCGGGCCUUCCAUCGCCGACUGCCCGCCCAUGCGCCAGUCGCUCAGCCCCACGCUCUUCUGGUCGCCGUCCACGCACCACGGACACGUGUCCCCGCUGCCCGUGCACCGGCCGCAGUCCCGUCUCGGACAGCACGGAGGGCCAACCCAUGGGGCCUGGGCAGAGCUUACAGAGGAGAACCGGAAGCCGGUGGGAAAGCGAGGGCUCUGCGAGGACCGGGCUCAGGCUGGAGGCAAGGCCGACAUGCACUUCUGUGCCGUUUGUAGCGACUACGCCUCAGGCUACCACUAUGGCGUCUGGUCCUGCGAGGGCUGCAAGGCCUUCUUCAAGAGGAGUAUCCAAGGCCACAAUGAUUACAUCUGCCCGGCAACCAACCAGUGCACCAUCGACAAGAACCGCCGCAAGAGCUGCCAAGCCUGUCGCCUGCGCAAGUGUUACGAAGUGGGAAUGAUGAAGUGUGGGAUGCGGCGGGAUCGUAGCACCUACAACCGCUGCUCCAGUGGACAGCCGCGGAGGAUGCCUCGCUUGGUCACCCGGCCUAGUAGCAACGGGCAGAGGCGGGAGGUGGCAGCGGAGGAGAACGAAGGUCUGCACCAGACAGCGGCGAUGCCGGCCGCGAGGGAUCGUUCGGACGGGACACUGACUCCAGAGCAGCUGAUUGCGCGCAUCCUGGAGGCGGAACCGCCGGACAUCUACCUGAUGAAGGACAUGAAGAAGCCUUUCACCGAGGCCAACGUCAUGAUGAGCCUCACCAACCUUGCUGACAAGGAGCUCGUGCACAUGAUCAGCUGGGCCAAAAAGAUACCAGGCUUUGUGGAGCUGGGUCUGCUGGAUCAGGUGCACCUGUUGGAGUGCUGCUGGCUGGAGGUGCUCAUGCUGGGCCUGAUGUGGAGGUCUGUGGACCAGCCUGGGAAGCUCAUCUUCUCCCCUGACCUCGUCCUCACCAGGGAUGAUAGCAGCUGUGUGCAGGGGUUCAUGGAGAUCUUUGACAUGCUGCUGGCAGCUACAGCCCGCUUCAGGGAACUCAGACUGCAGAAGGAGGAGUAUGUCUGCCUCAAGGCCAUGAUCCUCCUCAACUCCAACAUGUGCCUGAGUGCAUCCGACGGUGGUGACGGCGAGGAGUUCCAGAGCCACUCCAAGCUGCUGCAGCUUCUGGACGGCGUGACGGACGCGCUAGUGUGGGCCAUUGCCAAGGGAGGGGGCAGCUUUCAACAGCAGUCCACCCGCCUGGCCCACCUACUCAUGCUGCUGUCGCAUAUACGACACCUCAGUAACAAAGGCAUGGACCAUCUGCACUGUAUGAAGAUGAAGAAGAUGGUGCCGGUCUACGACCUGCUCCUCGAGAUGCUGGACGCGCACGUCAUGCACAGCUCACGGCUGCCCGUCCCCCUGGCCCAGGACCCCCCCGCACCUCUGACCAGGAAUCCCAUCAGGCCCCCGGGCCCACUCUCCUGCCCCAGGACACACUGGCCCCACCCAGGGGUGGGCGACUACAGAGACCCCUCAGAGUUUGCCUUGAAGACAGACCUGUCCUAGAGCACAGAUGGACUGAGAGCUUCAGAAGAUAGCUAGCGAGAUGAGGGACAGUGCCGCUGACCGCCGUGUGCCGUAUGUACAGUGAAGUUCUGCCUGAAUCAUGUGCCAAAAAGGUUUUGACCUUUGACACUGGACUGAUGACUUUUGAAACUACACUCUGUAUGAAAUCUCAGGGAACUGGAGAUUGGAGAGAGAUUCCUUCUGGGAGGGUUUGGGGGGGGUGGGGAGGGAGGCUUCUGAAGCUGUAAUAUAUGGAAAAUUCCAGGAGAACAUUCCAGAAAAGUGGGAUUCAUUUCAGUGCAACUAUUUUUUCUUUUGUUGUAGUUUUAUUUUGUACUAACUUUGUUCUUUUUGGCUCUUGUAAUGUGAUGGAAGAAACAGAUGAAGAAAAAAAACAAGGGCAUUUGAGUGCCUUCUAUGUAAUGCGUUUUUGUACAAAAAAAGAAAAGAAAUUUUAGUGGCUAUGUGAUAUUUGCCUUCUGUGUACAGUCUAUACAGUAGAACGUUUUCGCUUAAACCACCUUUUUUGAGAAAUUGUAGACAAAGCGCAACCACAUUGCCCCAUGAGGACUUAGAGCAGUAUGCACAGGCGUGUGAAAACUUAGUAGAAAAUGUUUUGGAAAGUACAGUGAUAAAAAAUAAUGCCAAAUGAAUCAAGCUGGUCUCGAGAGCUUUCCAAUCUAUCUGCGUGCUUUGUAAUCUAACUCCGGGUGCAACCUGCAGAACCCAUUCUAUGAGUGAAAAACGUGAGGAAAAAAAGAGUUGAUGCAACUGUGCUCUUAGCAAACAGUCACUCAAGUGAUGUUUCAGCCUUAAUGACGUCCUUCAAUGAAAUGCUUGAAAGGCGUGCUUUUGAAGAACAUUGUUCUGUUGUGAUUCAGAUUCCCUGCAAAAAAUGAUCCAUUGAAUCUUUAGUGACAGUCACAAUCUUCGUCUUACUCAUUUCACUGCAGCAUCCUAUAAUGUGUUUUGCCCACUGUAGAAGUCCAUUCUGUCUCACCAGUUUCUCAGUCACCAAAUGUUUGCACCGUCGUAUGUUUGCACUUUUUUCCGGGGUGGGG